UUGUCCAUAUAAAGGGGGGGCAAUAUGGAGACCCAUGAAACAAUAAUUCGGCCAUGGCUAAGCAAAGCUUUCUGCUCCUCAGCCUCCUUGUCGUUGCCGCUUCGCUGGCUUUAACCGAGCCGGUGACGGCGGCAGAUAGGGCUGUCCCGCAAGAGUUUAACCGCACCAACUUCCCCAAAGGUUUUGUCUUCGGCGCGUCAUCAGCUGCCUAUCAAUAUGAAGGUGCACCAAAAUUGAGGGGCAAAGUCAUCUGGGACGCAUUCAUUCGCGACUUCCCUUAUAAGAUAGAGGAUCGGAGCAAUGCUACCGUGGCAAAUGGCUUCUAUUAUCUUUUCAGGAAAGACAUACAAACAAUGAAGAUGAUGGGGCUGGAUGUUUUCAGGUUCUCCAUCUCUUGGGCCAGAGUAUUACCUUAUGGAAAAGUAAGUGGAGGAGUGAACAAGAUUGGAGUUGCCUUCUACAAUGCUCUCAUCGACCAGCUCCUAGCAAAUGGUAUAAAACCUUUUGUUACACUUCAUCACUUCGAUACUCCUCAAGCGCUUGAAAAGAAGUACGAGAGCUUUUUAAACGAUGAGAUUGUGAUUGAUUAUGCAGACUACGCAGAGUUUUGUUUCAAAACGUUUGGCGAUAGAGUCAAGAAUUGGAUCACUUUCAAUGAGCCAAAUGUUUUUAUUCCACAAGGCUAUGACUUGGGUACCUUGGCACCUGGACGAUGCUCGAAAUGGAGGAACAACAAUUGCACCGUUGGGAAUUCUGCGACUGAACCUUAUAUAGUUGGCUAUCAUUUACUUUUGUCACAUGCUGAAGCAGUAAAACGAUACAAGACAAAAUACCAAGCAUCUCAAAAGGGGCAGAUAGGGAUAACUUUGAUUGCUGGUGGAAUGUAUCCACAGUCCAAUAAAGAUAAAAUUGCAGCAAAAAGAGUCCAAGAUUUCAUGUUUGGAUGGUUUAUUCAUCCUGUAGUUUAUGGUGACUACCCACGAAUAAUGAAAACUCUUGUACGACGUCGGUUACCAAAAUUCAAUUCUACACAGUCAGAGAGUUUAAAAGGGUCUUACGAUUUCAUUGGACUAAACUACUACAGUUCAUAUUACGUAAUUAAUAUUCCAUUCAGUAAUAAGCCAGCUCACCUGAGCUAUUCUUCAGAUUAUUAUGGUAACCUCUCAACUGAGAAAAAUGGAGUACCCAUUGGACCAACGGAGGGAACCUUAUUUUCCGUUCCAAAGGGAUUUACAGAUAUAUUGGUAUAUGUUAAAAAAUACUACAAAAAUCCAAAAAUAUACAUUACAGAGAAUGGGACGGGUCAGUUGAACAAUCAAACAGCUGCAGAAGGUGUAAAGGAUCCAUAUAGAAUAAGAUACUAUUAUCAGCACCUUUCGGCCCUUGAAAAAGCUAUUAAGGAGGGUGUUAAUGUUAAGGGUUACAUGGCAUGGUCAUUUCUUGACGAUUUCGAGUGGAGUUCUGGGUACACUGUUAGAUAUGGUCUCAAUUAUGUUGAUUACGGUGAUGGGUUAAAAAGAUAUCCGAAAGAUUCAGCUUGCUGGUACAAAAAUUUCCUACUUUCAAGUGGGAAAAUGUUGAGAUGCUAAUCGUCUUAAUUAGUUUGGUGUGCCAAAUGACCGUUUAAUGAUUUUUACAAUAAGAUGAAGACUACCUCCAUGGUAUCUUCUUCUUUUUUUUUUUUUUUCCUCCCUCCAUUUUCGGUUUUUCCCUCCAUGAAGACUACCUCCAUGGCAUCAAGUUGUACGAAUAAAUUGCAUAAUUGAUUUCCACAUUGAUUAUGCUUGCCAUGUAUUAAGUGAAAUAAUACAGGCCGAACAAAGGUCAAGGAAGGUUGAAUUGGUUUGCUUCUAAUUAUAGUUGCCUUAUGGAAUAAGGAUUUUCAAUUGUCG